CCAAGGUUUACCCCCCAAGCACCGCCGCGACAUUCGCUGUGCUGCACAACGUUUGUCUUGAAAUCCAUCAGCUCAAGUUGGCUGGCUGGUCUUCAAUUUCUACGUCUUCUCAACGCAAUCUCUGUUGCAGGCCAGCUGUUCCAGACGUUGCAGGUGGGCGAGUUGGACCGCAAACCGCACGAACCACGUGAUUGCACGUCGUCAUGUCCAUUACCUAGGCUGUCCAUCGCCACUCCACCUUCUGAUUCUUGUCCCCUCCAAGUCACCCUCUUGGGGACGCCUACACUCGCAUCAACACACUACUACACCCAUAUUGCCCUCUCCUCCUCUGUUUUUCCAUCCUUGCCAUAUCGACGUUCGUUCUAUCAGCACCCUGAAUCUCCUCUCGCGUCGCACGCAAGCCGGACAUCAGCCAGCACUGCGCGCGCCAGCACCGUAGGCAAUAGCUGA